GCUUCAACAUCGCGUGUCUGAGCUUUCCCAACACUAAUUGAAAAACUCAAGAAACGGGGAAAGAGUGAUGGGUUCCAUUGGAGUACAGGAGGAGAAGAAGCCUCAUGCGGUUUGCAUACCAUUCCCAGCACAGGGUCACAUAAACUCCAUGCUCAAAGUGGCAAAGCUUCUUCACCACAGAGGUUUCCACAUCACCUUCGUCAAUACCGAAUUCAAUCACAAACGUCUACUCAAAUCGAGAGGCCCUGAUUCUGUCAAGGGCUUACCUGACUUCCAAUUCCAUACUAUCCCGGACGGUCUCCCACCACCUGAUAUUGAUGCCACCCAAGAUAUUCCAUCCCUCUGUCACUCUACCCAGACCACUUGCUUGCUUCCCUUCCGAAACCUCCUCUCCAAACUCAAUGCUGCCGCUGACAUUCCUCCGGUCACUUGCAUAGUAUCUGAUGGUAUCAUGAGCUUCACCCUUCAAGCUGCUGAGGAAAUUGGAGUCCCUGAAGUACUGUUCUGGACGACCAGCGCCUGCGGCUUCUUGGCCUACAUGCACUAUCCCCAUCUCAUGGAAAGAGGCCUUACACCACUCAAAGAUGCUAGUUACUUGACAAAUGGGUACUUAGACACUACCAUUGAUUGGAUCCCUGGAAUGAAAGACAUCCGUUUUAGGGAUAUUCCAAGUUUUGUUCGAACCACGGAUCGAAACGAUAUCAUGUUCGACUUUCACAUGGGAGAAGCGGCCAGGGCUCCUAAAGCUACCGCGGUCAUUUUAAACACUUUCGAUGCCCUGGAGCAAGACGUCUUAGAUUCACUCUCUGCAAUGUUACUUCCUCGCGUUUACAGCAUAGGUCCUCUCCAGCAGCUGUUGAACCAGAUUCAAGACCACGACGACGACGACGACGGUGGUUUGAAGUCGAUCGGGUCCAAUUUGUGGAGACAAGAACCGGAGUGUCUUGAUUGGCUCAGUACCAAAGAACCCAGUUCUGUGGUUUAUGUGAACUUCGGGAGCAUCACGGUAAUAACGCCUCACCAACUGGUGGAGUUCGCAUGGGGGCUCGCUAAUAGCGACCAGAACUUUUUGUGGAUCAUAAGACCCAAUCUGGUGGCUGGUGACUCGGCCCAGUUGCCUCCGGAGUUCUUGACUCAGACCAAAGAGAAAGGCAUUCUAGCGAGUUGGUGUCCACAAGAGGAAGUUCUCAACCAUCCAGCCGUGGGUUGUUUCUUGACGCACAGUGGUUGGAACUCCACACUGGAGAGCAUAUCCGGUGGAGUGCCCGUAUUGUGUUGGCCGUUCUUUGGCGACCAACAAACGAACUGUCGAUAUUCGUGUGUUCAUUGGGGGAUUGGCGAAGAGAUUAACGACGACGUGAAGAGAGAAGACGUUGAGAGGGCUGUGAGGGAAAUGAUGAUGGGAGAAAGAGGAAAAGAGAUGAAGGCGAAAGCCAUGGAAUGGAAGAAGGAAGCAGAGGAGGCAACCGCUCCUGGUGGAUCUUCCCACGUCAAUUUUGACAAUAUGGUAAACCAUGUGCUUCUCGCCACUCCCACAUUUGUUUGA